ACAUUUUAAUUUACGGCUGGUAUCACCUCUCAAAUUUUCAAUAAUCUUCCUUUUCAUAGCAGCACGUGUAGACGCGGACGACUUGCUUAUCAUCUUAUAGAAUAAUUUCGCUUAGGUUCGGAUCAAGAUGCCUUCAGACGCGAAAAAGCGAGCACAACAGAAGAAGAAAGAGGCAGCCAGUAAUAGGAACAAAAAGAAUGUGACUCGGGUGACGAACUCCGAAGAGAACGGUACAGCGAACGGCACCGCGAAGGAGGAGUCGAGAGAGCUCACGGCUGAAGAGGCGCUAUGUCUCAAGCUGGAGGAGGAAGCGAGAAUAAAUUCGGAGGCGCGCUCAUGCACCGGCUCUUUGGCCGUACACCCUCGCUCUCGUGACAUCAAGAUCGCGAACUUCUCCAUCACCUUCUACGGGUCAGAGCUUCUGCAGGACACACUGCUCGAGCUCAAUUGCGGACGGCGGUAUGGCCUGGUGGGGCUUAACGGAUGCGGCAAAUCGUCUCUCCUCUCCGCUCUCGGCCGCCGCGAGGUCCCUAUACCGGAUCACAUCGACAUAUUCCAUCUCACGCGGGAGAUGCCGGCGUCCGACAAGAGCGCCCUGCAGUGCGUAAUGGAGGUCGACGAGGAGCGGGUCAAACUGGAAAAGCUGGCUGAGGAGCUGGCGCACUGCGAGGACGAUGAGUCUCAAGACCAGCUGAUGGACGUGUACGAGCGCCUGGACGAGCUGAGCGCGGACACGGCGCAGGCGCGCGCGGCCAACAUCCUGAACGGUCUCGGCUUCACCAAGGAGAUGCAGGAUAAGGCCACCAAAGACUUCUCCGGAGGGUGGCGUAUGCGUAUAGCGUUAGCACGUGCGUUGUACGUGAAGCCACACUUGCUACUGCUGGACGAGCCCACCAACCACCUGGACCUGGACGCGUGCGUGUGGCUUGAGGAGGAACUCAAAAACUACAAACGCAUCCUGGUGCUCAUCUCACAUUCCCAGGACUUCUUGAACGGAGUCUGCACCAACAUAGUGCACAUGAACAAACGACGGCUCAAAUACUACACGGGCAACUACGAGGCCUUCGUGCGGACGAGAAUGGAGCUGCUCGAGAAUCAGAUGAAGCAGUACAAUUGGGAGCAGGACCAGAUCGCGAACAUGAAGAACUACAUAGCCCGCUUCGGUCACGGUUCGGCCAAGCUCGCGCGCCAGGCGCAGUCCAAAGAGAAGACGCUGGCCAAGAUGGUCGCCCAGGGGCUCACAGAGAAGGUCAUCGAUGACAAGACACUCAACUUCUACUUCCCCUCGUGCGGCAAGGUGCCGCCGCCCGUCAUCAUGGUCCAGAACGUGUCGUUCCGCUACAACGAGAACACGCCGUGGAUCUACAAGAACCUCGAGUUCGGCAUAGAUCUGGACACGCGGCUAGCGCUGGUGGGCCCCAACGGCGCGGGCAAAUCCACGCUGCUGAAGCUGCUCUAUGGAGAUCUGGUACCAUCAACGGGCAUGAUCCGCAAGAACUCCCACCUGCGUAUCGGCCGCUACCACCAGCACCUGCACGAGCUGCUGGACCUGGACCUGUCGCCGCUCGAUUACAUGAUGAAGGAGUUCCCCGACGUGCGCGAGCGAGAGGAGAUGAGAAAGAUCAUCGGGAGAUAUGGCCUCACUGGCCGCCAGCAGGUGUGCCCGAUGCGUCAGCUGUCCGACGGGCAGCGGUGCCGAGUGGUAUUCGCGUGGCUCGCGUGGCAGACCCCGCACCUGCUGCUCAUGGACGAGCCCACCAAUCACUUGGACAUGGAGACCAUCGACGCGCUCGCCGACGCCGUCAACGACUUCGAGGGCGGCCUGGUGCUCGUCAGCCACGACUUCCGGCUCAUCAACCAGGUUGCCGAAGAGAUCUGGAUCUGCGAGAACACAACCUGCACCAAGUGGACGGGCGGCAUCCUCAAAUACAAAGACCAUCUCAAGUCCAAGAUCCUCAAGGACAACGCCGCCAACGCGGCCAAGAUACGCAAAUAGUCCAAUGCUUAGCCUUACACUUAUGUACGUACCGCGUAACGCCCGAUUAACCAAGUACACAGUAGCCCAGGUCGUUCCUGCUCCUAAGCAGGAUAUAUACACGCUGGCUAAAUAAUAAGUGCAUUCCCGUUGCCAGGGAGGUUUUGGGAUUAUACUGAACAACUUUUACUAUGGGACCAACCCCGAAAUCGCGAAAAAAAAUUUAGCUGUUUCAUACAUUUUAGCUGGUCCAUUUUCUAUGGGAGGGUAAAAAUUUUUUUUCGCGAUUUCGGGGUUGGUCCCAUAGUAAAAGUUGCUCAGUAUAAUCCCAAAAUCUCCCUGGCAACGGGAAUGCACUUAUUUUGUAGCCACCCAAGGAUGAGUAGCCUACGUGUGGUCUUACCUUAUAUCGACACAAAUACGGAGGCUGUGAUUCAAUAAUCGGCGCUUGGAGGCUAAGCAAGAAGAAUUCCCUAUCUCUAUCGCACGCGCGUAAAUAUAUUGCUAUCCCUCAUCGACGGUCAGUGUGACUGUGCGAGUAGAACAAUAUAAUAAUGCGCGUGCAAUAGAGAUAGGAAUAGCCGUGCUUAGCGUCUUUACGUAGAAAUGAUUUUAGUUGGUUAAAAACAGGGUCGAAUGCUAUGUCCAGUAUUUUAGACGUUGCCAGGUUAAGUGUGGCGAUGGCAGGUUUACACUCUACACUGAGGUUUAGGGGAAAGUUUACGUAGAUUUGUUAAAAAUUCUAAAUUUGCAAAGGUCUGAGACCGCACGUAGGUGGUUAUGGGUACAGGCCGAAGGCCGGAGGUACUAAAGCUAAUACAUUUUGCUUGCCCGGAUAUUUCUUUAUAGAAACAAAAUAUUGUGUUUUCGGGUCUUGUCGUUUCCCCACUUCCAAAAUAUUAUUUUUGGUAAAUUGUAGCAUAAUAUUUCAUUCUGUAUAUAAAUUCCCUUAUUCAUAAAACUGUACGGGCCUGAUUUAGUUAAAUUAUGUUUUAUCCAUUUCUUACAAAUACAUAAGUCAAAAUGACAAAUAAAGACAAACGAUUCGUAGCUAAUUCAGGCCAGUAACGCGUUUAUGAAUAACGCCAAAAACCUUAAACUAAAGGUUACAAGUGUUUUUAUCAGUAGAAAUCAUAAUUGAACUAGACAAGUAGAUUUAAAUUAAUAAAUUAGAUCAUGAGUCCAUGCUUUUACUGUACUGCCGUGUUUCGAUCAUGGCAAAGGAUAUUAGAAAUUAAUUAUUGACAAAUAGUGGUACUUUUUGCAUAAGUCACGUUUUGAAAUAAUUACAUUGGUGCUGCUGGGCUAUUAGUGAGACUUAGUGUUAGAAACAGUUAGUUUCAAUUUUACUUUCCGUUAGCCAUGAUCUAAAUGUGUCCUUGUCCAAAAGGUACCACUGCCUGUUGUUAAUAGGCAAUGCACGACAGUGGUACGUUUUGAGAGAAAAUGUCACAAAGAGACCUUAAUCAGCAUAUACACAUGGAUGACGGUGGGGUAUAGGACUGAGGCCGAUAGUCUCUUCCUCGAUACGUGCACGUUAUACUGACAUUGUGAAAUUAUUCAAUAUGUAUGAUAAAUAAAGUUGUCACUG